GCUCCCGUCGCCGCUCGCAGUCCGUGCCGGGUCCCGCUCGCGGCGGCCGACGAGCGGGGAGCUCCGGGGAAGCCGGCGGGCGACGCGCACAGCCACGACGGAGCAGCCGCGGGACUGGCCGCCCCGCGCCCCGUUCGCCGCCGUGCCGUUCCCCGGCGCGCUCACCCCGUUCUCGGGAUGGGAGUGUAGCGGCGGCGCGGACUCGGCGGGGAUCGCGGCGGAGGCGGCUGCGGCGGCGGCCGAGCGCGGCUCCAUGUUUUCCCCCGGCCAGGAGGAACCCAGCGCCCCCAACAAGGAGCCGGUGAAAUACGGGGAGCUGGUGGUCCUGGGGUACAAUGGUGCUUUACCUAAUGGUGACAGGGGCAGGAGGAAAAGCAGAUUUGCCCUCUAUAAGCGGACCAAGGCCAACGGUGUCAAACCCAGCACAAUCCACGUGGUCUCCACACCACAGGCGUCCAAGGCCAUCAGCUGCAAAGGGCAGCACAGCAUAUCCUACACUUUGUCACGGAACCAGACUGUAGUGGUGGAGUACACACACGAUAAAGACACGGACAUGUUUCAGGUGGGCAGGUCAACAGAAAGCCCCAUUGACUUCGUGGUCACAGACACGGUUUCCGGCGGUCAGAACGACGAUGCCCAGAUCACACAGAGCACCAUCUCUAGGUUUGCCUGCAGGAUCGUGUGUGACAGGAAUGAGCCAUACACCGCACGCAUAUUUGCAGCAGGAUUCGAUUCUUCCAAAAAUAUAUUUCUUGGAGAGAAGGCAGCAAAAUGGAAAAACCCUGAUGGACACAUGGACGGGCUCACCACCAACGGGGUCCUGGUGAUGCACCCGCAAGGAGGCUUCACCGAGGAAUCCCAGCCUGGAGUCUGGAGAGAGAUCUCUGUCUGUGGGGAUGUAUACACCUUGCGAGAGACCAGGUCGGCCCAGCAGAGGGGAAAGCUGGUGGAAAGUGAGACCAACGUCCUGCAAGACGGCUCCCUCAUUGACCUGUGUGGGGCCACUCUUCUCUGGAGAACCGCAGAUGGCCUUUUUCACGCUCCCACUCAGAAGCACAUUGAAGCCCUCCGGCAGGAGAUCAAUGCAGCCCGACCCCAGUGUCCUGUGGGCCUCAACACCCUGGCCUUCCCCAGCAUCAACCGGAAGGAAGUGGUGGAAGAGAAGCAGCCCUGGGCAUACCUGAGCUGCGGCCACGUGCACGGCUACCACAGCUGGGGCCAUCGGAGUGACGCGGAAGCCAACGAGAGGGAGUGUCCCAUGUGCAGGACUGUGGGCCCCUACGUCCCUCUCUGGCUGGGCUGUGAGGCAGGAUUUUAUGUCGAUGCAGGACCCCCAACUCACGCUUUCACCCCCUGUGGGCACGUCUGUUCAGAGAAGUCCGCCAAGUACUGGUCGCAGAUCCCACUGCCCCAUGGAACGCACGCGUUUCACGCCGCCUGUCCAUUCUGCGCCACGCAGCUGGUUGGUGAACAGAACUGCAUCAAAUUGAUUUUCCAAGGUCCAGUGGACUGAGACCCUGGACAGCCAUCUACAUGACAUUAACACGUUACUGUGAAGAUUCUGCCACUAACUGUAGAUUCUACCUUUUUGUAAUGCUAUUUGUUAAGGGGAAGGCGGACUGGGUUGGGAAAUGGGGGCUGGUGAUGAAAUGCGGCAGGCGCUAACAGAUACCACUGUGUUUUGCAUGCUCAGAACAGCAGCAUCGUCACUGAGGUCUGCCUGAUUAAACUUUAAUACCUGUGUAAUCACUGGAUCUCAACUGCCAUGCUUUUCAUUUUAACUUUAGGUUUUUAACCAGAUUAUUUUCCCCCUUUGUAAACUUGGGUAAGAUUUUACAAAUGUAGAAGAAAUGUGCUCAGCAGAUGCCUCUUAGGGCGCAGCCUGCAGAGCCAUGUGGCACAGGUGCCACACAUCCUGUGAUGUUCAGUGGCUGCGAAUACUUGACAGUGGCUAGAAUCUGACCCAAUGCCUAAGGGCCAGCUCUAUCGGCCCUGCCACAAAUGCCCAUGGACAGGAGCCGUAGGCUAUGCACUUGUCUUGAAACCUGCAGCUUUCCUCAUGCUUUCUUUUUAACGUUGGGUGGAAGAGGGUAUCCGUAUACUAUUUUAUUUUACCUUUGGUGGGAUUCACUUACAUACUCAUUCAUCAGCUACUUGGCACGUCAAACAGAAUUUCCCCAUGGUUUUAAGCUGCCCUGUUAUUUUUGCUUAGUAUGGGCUGUCUCUGCUCCUCAUCAUACAUGUCAAGAAGUGGUUGGUUGAUUGAUUGGUUGAUUGACUGAUUAUGAUUGAAUUCAUGAGCUGAGGGUAGUGGACAUGCACUAAGGGGGCUGCUGCUGCUGCUGCUGCUGUUGGCAGCAAUGGGUGUGUCCUAGGUACUCUAACACCACCUUUGUCUGGCCACCAGAAUAUAUAUGACCCAAGUGGGAUUUAAAGUACGCUUUUACUUUUUAAAAACCACUUGUUGGCACCUCAGAGUACGGUUUCCUUCUCUCCUUCUUAGGAAAGACAAAAUUUUGUAAGCCCAGAAGCAAUAAGCGACAGUGAGAUUGCCAUUUUUCUCCUCUACCUUCCCACCACCUGUCACCUUCCCGUUCAGUUUAAGGAGCCCCAUAAGUGUUUGCAAAUCAGACUGAAUCUAAAUGUGCCUGUGAGAUACACGGAGCACUGAGCGGCGGCAUGUCUGCGGAGAUCAUUUGAAAUUCCUGAUUUUGAGAGAACAAGUGAGUGCCUGCUGAGGAAUAAUUAAAUCGGAAUUUCAUGUGAGCUGCACUGACCCUCUCUUUCAGUUUCAUCUUGCAUCGAUUAAUGAUGCCUGGAUACUCGUUUUCCAUGCUUGGUGCCCGGAGUAUCUGUGGCUCCCAGAGUGUCACCAUGGAGAGACACUGUUGAGCUUGGCUGCGUUCCACCCCAUUCCCAGGGAGAAAGUCUUCAGUUAAAUCGGCGUCUGCUCAGGUGGACCAUCAACAGAUUUGAGCUGCCUGUUUCAGCUUCUGUAAAUACAAAUAAUUUAUAUGAUUAUGACAUAUCCAUACUUGAAUUGGUUUUUCCGUAUCUUGCCUACUAGCAGAUAUUAUUUUGCCUAUUUUCAGCAAGUUAAAGCUAUUUGAGUGCUUUUUCCUGAGAGCAGAAUGGUAAUAUUAAUUACUCUGCAGCACUGCUGCUCAGUUUGAUGGCGUGUGCUGUCAUUUUAAAAAGAGCUUUAUUUUCCCAUGGAGACUGUUACGUAUUAAGAGAGUUUUUUUUUUCUUUAAUUAUACUUGUGAUGUGAAAAUCCAACAGCAGUCUUUUUACUGGUAGUUCCCUGUGUUCUACAUAGAUAACCUGCAG